CCUCCCCUAGUAGUGGUUUGGACCGACUUAACUAAAUCUCUGGACAUGGUUCAAACUUCAAGGGUUAACUUUCAAUUGGUGCCGCCAAAAAAAAAAGCAAUUGAAUUUUCUUAAUUUGGGGAAGGUUCUUAAUAAUGGCAACUUCGGCUGAGCUCCUCCCUUACACACCCCUUCUCACGGCGGAGCAACCGCGACAACCACCAGAAGGAUCCACCGUCCACGGUUCCGUUGAUUACAAGAACCGUCCGUCCGUUAGAUCCAACCAUGGACAGUGGUUAUCCGCUUCUUUCAUCAUUUGGGUGGAGAUGGCGGAGAGGAUUGCAUAUUUUGGAAUAUCUGGAAACUUGAUAAGCUAUUUAACUGGGGAUUUACGGCAGUCAACGGCAAUGGCGGCUUCUAAUGUUAAUGCUUGGACUGGGGUAUCUUUCCUGCUUACUAUUUUGGGAGCUGUUAUUGCUGAUUCUUUUUUGGGAAAGUAUUAUACUAUUGUUGCUGCUACCCUCAUUUACAUCUUGGGGCUGGGCAUACUGACUUUAUCAGCAAUGCUACCUUCCCUUAGUUGUCUCAACCAAGGGAGGAGCAACGAGGGUCCUCCUGGAUGUUCAUCGAACUUGCAGAUAAUAAUAUUUUUUGUCUCCCUUUAUCUGGUAGCUGUUGGUCAAGGUGGGCACAAGCCUUGUGUCCAGGCUUUUGGUGCUGACCAGUUUGAUGAAGACGACCCGAACGAGAGCAGAGCCAAAAGUUCUUUCUUUAACUGGUGGUAUUUUGGUGUUUGCAUGGGUGCUUUCCUUGGUACAGGAGUCUUGAGCUAUGUUCAGGAUAACCUUAGUUGGGGCCUUGGAUUUGGAAUCCCAUGCAUUAUCAUGGUCAUUGCUCAGCUCAUAUUUUUGCUGGGAACUACAACUUAUCGCUAUACUAUGAAAGGUGAAGGGGAAAACCCAUUCAAGAGGGUAGGAAGAGUGUUUGUUGCAGCAGCACAAAACUGGAAUGCUACAUAUCCAGAGGUGGGUGAAAGUGAAGAGGUUCUAGAAACCGAACUCCACGUUGGAUCUCGACAAUUCAUGUUCCUCAACAAAGCUUUGCUUGCGCCUGAGAUGUCAGCGAGAAAUAUUAAAACUUGCAGCAUGAGCGAGGUUGAAGAAGCAAAGGCAGUACUUGGGUUGUUCCUUAUUGGGACAACAAUAUUGGUCUAUGCAAUUGUCAUUGCACAGCCUGCAACUUUCUUCACCAAACAAGGUAUUACAUUGGAUAGAUCAAUUGGGUCAAACUUUUUCAUACCAGCUGCAGCAUUGCAGUGUGUUAUUUACAUCUGCAUAUUUAUCUUUAUCCCGCUUUAUGAUCGCUUGCUGGUGCCAAUAGCCAGAAAAUUGACCGGAAAGCCUGCUGGCAUAUCAAUGCUUCAGAGAAUUGGAACUGGUUUGUUGAUAUCCAUAUUUACUAUGGUAAUUGCUGCUGUCACAGAGAGAAAAAGGCUCAACACUGCUUUGCAACACGGGCUAAUUGAUUUUCCUGAUGUAACGAUCCCAAUGAGUAUUUGGUGGUUGCUUCCGCAGUAUGUUGUGUUUGGAAUUGCAGAAGUAUUUACCUUGAUUGGCCUGCAAGAAUUUUUCUAUGACCAGAUACCAAAUGAAUUGCGUUGUGUCGGAUUGUCUUUAUAUCUAAGCAUAUUUGGAUUAGGAAACCUUUUAAGCAGCUUGCUUGUCUCUGUCAUCAACAAAGCAAGCAGUGGAAAUGGGGGAGAGAGUUGGUUUUCGGAUAACUUGAAUCGCGCACAUCUUGAUUACUUCUAUUGGCUCCUUGCAGGUCUUAGUGUAAUAGGAUUGGCUCUCUUCAUGUACUUCUCAAAAGCAUACAUAUACAGCAAAAAUAAGGUUCGUCUAUAAAAGGUGAUAGAAUGUUGGAACUUUGUUAGCUAAGUUCAAAUGUAAAUGCUAGGUUUACAGUUACUAGUCAAUUUGUCAUGUUCUUUUACUCACAUUUUAUAUUCAGCUCUCAUACUGUAAUUUCUAUGAGAGUAUUUUUUUUGUAAAUCAUCACAUCUACCUUAUGCAAUUAUAACAAUGGAAGUGCAAUAACAUGUCCAUGUAAAAGUACACUAUAAUUUCAUUUGAUGCAA